GUUGCCUUCACGGAUGUUGUCCCUGCGCUCACAAAAAAGAGGGAGUGGGUCCGCGUUUGCAUCUAUUCGGAAGGGAUAGAAGCGAUAGGCUGCCUUCGGACGCGAACGUGCAAUCAUGUCACGAGCGCCGGACUGUGCAAACGCGAGUAUCUGAAUAAUCCAUACAGGCGAUAGGCGGACUCUACGGGAAUAAAGCAAUGGGUGGCCAGAUAACGCGAAAUGCCUUUUACGACUCCCUGGGUGGCCCGUUCCCGUCCACGUCACACCGAUGCCGCCACAAACCCAAGAGGUGCCUGCCUAUCCAGUGCGGCAGCGUUGGUGGGCCCCUUCCCAUCAGCCCACUGCUCUUUCAUCCAAAUGCCAAGGGAUCCCAAAUCGUUAUGGACCUUGCCCAGAAGACAGUCAAGAGGCAGGCCAGUUUCUGCAAUGCCAUCACUUUCGGCAACAGGCCCAUGGCACUUUAUGAGCAAGUCCGCCUCAAGAUUACUAAAAAGCAGUGUUGCUGGAGCGGGGCUCUACGUCUGGGCUUCACCGCCAAAGACCCCUCCAGGAUAAACCCAGACAACCUGCCCAAGUACGCCUGCCCCGACCUGGUGUCCCAGACCGGCUUCUGGGCCAAGGCCCUGCCUGAGGAGUUUGCCAGCGAGGGCAGCAUUAUUGCCUUUUGGGUUGACAAGAAGGGCAGAGUCUUCUACCGCAUUAAUGAGUCCAGUCCCAUGCUGUUCUUCAGUGGAGUCCGCACAGCCGAGCCCCUCUGGGCCCUCAUCGAUGUUUACGGUCUGACCCGCGGAGUGCAGCUGCUAGACAGUGAGAUUGUUCCUCCCGACUGCCUACGCCCGCGCUCCUUCACCACAGUGCGCUCCUCCUCUCUCCGGCGUGACGCUGACGACUCCCGUCUGUCCGUCAGCCUGUGUGACCUCAACCUGCAGCAGGAGGAUGGAAGCAAAGGCCACAAUCACUCCCACCGCCACACCCUCCACCUGGCCUCUUCCUCCUCUUCCUCCACCUGUCCCAUACCCCAGAACUCCCUGAACUCCCAGCAGUCCUCUCUGCUGCCAUCCUCCUUGGAAAGCGACCUCCACUUCCACCAGCUGCGCGGCGCCCACAUCAAAACGCUGGACGAGCAGACGGUGGCGCGAUCCGAGCACGCACGAGAGGAACGCACUCUCGUCUUCACCAACCGGCCCCUGCGCACCGGAGAAACCGUCUUCAUCAAAGUCACCAAGUCCAGCCCGGCACGCUCAGGCUCAUUGUCCUACGGCGUGACGUCGUGCGACCCAGCGGUGCUGCGCCCCAGUGACUUGCCUUACAAUCCAGAGGCUCUGGUGGACAGGAAGGAGUUUUGGGCAGUGUGUCGGGUGCCGACGCCUCUCCAAAGCAGUGACAUCCUGGGCUUCCUGGUCAACCAGGAGGGGGAGGUCAUCCUCAGUCACAACGGCACCAAUGUGGGCAUGCAGGUGUGUGUGGACAACUCCCGCCCACUCUGGAUGUUCUUCGGUCUCCAUGGGGCUGUGACUCAGCUGAGGAUUCUUGGUUCCACUCACCUCGGGGAUCCGCGGACCUCGUCGAACCCCAGCUCGCCCUCCUCCUCUCCACACACUCCCAGCGCCCUGGGCAGUGGCAGCUCUGAUCUGGUGCUGAACGGAGGCCUGUGCUCCGCUGCGUACUGCAGCUCAGCAGGGGGAACAACCCCAAAUUCACCAGUCAGCCUCCCCAAGUCACCGACAUUUCCAACGGGCCGCGCUUGGUCCGACGAGUGCUCCAUCUGUUACGAGAACCCCGUGGACACGGUCAUCUACGCCUGUGGACACAUGUGUCUGUGCUACAGCUGUGGCCUCAAACUCAAGAAGAUGUCCAAUGCCUGCUGUCCCAUCUGCAGAAGGCAGAUCAAAGACAUCAUCAAAACCUACCGCAGCACGUAAAGGGGACGGACAGACGGACUCCCUCAGAACAGCAAGAUCAGGGGAAGACGUGUCGAAGUUCAGGAAAUAUGAACUCUGGGACUUUAAAUUUGGUUUAUUCACAGAAUUGUUUUGUUCGCUCGCAUGACCUUUUCCAAAGUCGGUAUUGCCUGGCUGGAAAGGUCUCUUGUCCCUGCAGAGGCGGCAUAUGAAGAGGUCGGAGGUUCCACUGAGAACUUUCUUCUAACCAGAAGCGUUUGCUCUCUGCUGGGAUCAUUGGAAGACUGUGAACGAGAGGACUGAAGAACUGAAACAAUUCCAAAAAUGAUUUCAUUUGUUGAGCCAUGUUUUUAGGGACUGUCACCCCCAGUUUGCACCGAAGCAAACGAGUCACUUUGGGGCUGAAUGUGUUGAUAACCAUUCUCUCUGAGGACGACUGAAGCUCUGACUUAGUUCUGACAGGUUUUCACCUCAGUACGUCACAACUUGUGUCUGUGUGUUACUGAGCAUUCAGUCUGGAGCGAUGACGUGGUGGAUCUCUGUGACUGUCGUGGUGAUUAUCAGUGAGUGAUGUGCGUAGAGGUGGAAGGCGGAACUGAGUAUAUAAAUUAGGAUUGUAACACCUCUUGUACUCGUAUAAUAUAAUGUACCUUUAUGGUAGUUCUAUUGCAAAUGUCGGUGGUAGCUAUAUCGUCGUGCUAGCUAGCAGCUUGCUCUGCAAUGUGGUAUGUUGCACUGAAAUCAGCAUCAUCCUCUCAGAAAAGUUAGGGUAAAGACAUUCAUCGGUUCAAACAAUCCACAAACCUGCGUCCAGCAGACUCAGCAGCUCUGAAUCUAUGACAGGAAACAGGAAGUGAUUUUGGAUUCUCCUCAGGGCCAACAAUCUUUUUACUAUCCUCCCAAACUUUACCUACAUCACGCCUAACACACUGUGAGCGCUCAUGACGAAUGGACAGGUGCUCUGAAAUAGUUCCCAUGACAACGCAGGAGUCAAAGGAUCGUUGCCAUGGUAUCAGAAGCCACCACAGAUGCAGCACAGCCUCCUGCCUUAAACCAGAGGAGGCUCAUGUGGAUGUGUCCUGCCGUUGACACAUUACCAAAUAAUGCUGUUGUGUGGCACAAAAGGUUCACUCAGAGGAGAAACAAAGCACACACAUCUAAAAGAAAUAUUUUUGUAACAUAAAUUCACAACAUUUCCAAUAUUUCCAAAGGUCAUCAAACAUAUAUAAAAUGUUUGAUGACCUUUGUGACAGGCCUUUCACCAGCAGCAAAAAUCCCUUCAUAUUUUGAAUAUUUGUGUGAUUCCUAUCCCCUGAUUCCACUACAAAAUGUCUUGAUACGUCCCCCAGAGAUUUCACCUUCAUAGACAGCAACUCAGCAGUAAGCCAUAGCUUAUCACAGGAGAGCCCGCGCUGAGAGACGGUUGUCUUUUUUUCAAUGACACUCUACUUCCUUCUGUAGAUAGUUACACACGGGGCUCAAACCUUUGCUGCUAUGCUAUUUGCCAGCUGCCCGCUCUGGGCGAAUGCUGUCAGUGAUGUUUCACACAUCCCUCCUCCCACAUUACACUUUGAUUACGCUACUGCUUGAAGUGUUAAUUCACAUUUUGAAUGUUAACUUAUGUAUUUAGAGAGAUUAAUGAUUUUUAUCAGUGUGCUUGAUUUGAAACAAAAAAACAAAGAAAAAAAUGUUUUGUCUGUUUGUUUGUUUUCAAGUUUCCUCCUUAUUGAUAAUCAUGAUUCUAAGAUUUGUUUUCCUGUUUUUACAUUCUUGUUCUCUACUAGUGAGAAUAUAGAGUUUCUCGUACCGUGCAGCAAUAAGACAUAUUGCAGUACACAAUCAAAAGCCCGUUGCUUUGUGGUGCAACAUAUAAACUCUUGAAUUUUGUGAGCUCUUUUUUGGUAAUUGAUCUUCUUGUGUAUUAACCUGUGUUAGGGAGCCCUACUACCCAUUCUUUAAGUAUAUUUCUUGUCAUUAUUGGGUCUGGAAGCCAUCUCUGAAUGGUCAUGAUAAAUGUCACUUUAUAAAGCUACUGAUUGUAAUAUUGUUCAUGUUUAGGCCAGCGUUGCUCUCUGAGACUCAACCACGGCAUGUUUUCUUUUGACACUCCGACCAAAUUGAAUCAUUGGUUAUUUUGUUUUGUUUUCACAUCACAUAAAUGGAAGUCCUGGACUUUUUAAAAAUGUACAUCUAUAAAUUUCUGGACCAUAUGAAUUGAUAAACACACACACCAAGCCAAAAACCAUUUGGCUGAAGAUUUUCAUCAGUAUACAUAUACAUACCUUUUUACUGAAGGUAUUUUUAUUUUGUAUUAUUUGUUUGCAUCCAGAAUACUCCGCAGGCUCCUUGAAUGUAGCUGAUCCUGUCAUUGUACUAUUUAUUUGUCCAUCACCGACGUGUGGACUAAGUGUUUGCUUUCUCUUUGUGUGCGGCCAAUCACACAGCAGCACGUUUAGAGUACUUUUUGUAAUGCCUGAGUAAUCUGUUCACUCUGUGUGAACAUGGGGACCAACAGUAGACGAGCAUCCGAGUGGACCGCUGUCAGUGUUGGUGUAGACUGGAACCAUAUCUAUAUAUCUAGAUAUAUAGAUAUAGAUCUAGAUCUAUAUAUAGACUCAACUGCUGAAGUACUUUACAAACCUGUAUUUUCUUUUUCUUUUGAAACAUCACGUAUUUGUUCCUGAACGCUGUUCAGUGCGAGUCGGAUGAUUGUGGUGAAUAAACUUUCCAGAUGUGUU